UUUUUUACCAGAUAAAGAGAUCGAUCGACUGAAUACCUCAACGUCCGUUAUGCCACCAUUUCUAUUCAUAUCAUCAUCAACAGCAGGUAGAUUGUCAUUAUGGUGGCUAUUGAUUUUGGCCACAACAAUGGUUGGCGCAUAUGAAUUGUAUAAAUCGAAAUUCAAUAAGCUUCGUCAUAUAACUCUGCGUGAUGAUGCCUUCUGUGAGGCAUAUCAAGAAUUCAAGGACAAUAAUUGUAUUUCCAAAUUGACAUUCUGCUCACCAUUAACCGAUGAACAAACACUGAAAAUGAGACAAAUAUUAUGUGGACCCAGAUUCAAUGUGGAAGUCCAACCACCACCGCACAUACAACCUGAACCACCCGAAUUCAAUGAAACCGACCCAUAUCUGAUUCAAGACUAUCCACCACCCUAUUUUCUCGAUGUACAUCCGGCACAACCAAAUUCAUUCCCAUGGUUAGCUGCAAUCUAUAAUAAUGAUCGUCGUUUCAUCUGUUCUGGUGCAUUAGUAGCACCGAAAACGGUUAUUACUUCAGCACAAUGUGUUACCGAUGCUAAUGGUGGUAAUGGUGGAACUGAGGGUGGUGGCGAAGAUGGAGGAGAAGGCCAACGACAACAACAACCAUCUGGCAAUUUUAUCGUAAGAUUUGGACGUCAUAAUCUGAAUGUUUCAAGUGUUUAUGACAAAGCAUAUGAAUAUGAUGUCGAGACGAUUGAGGUGUCACAGCAAUUCGAUCGUCAAACAUUGGAUAAUGAUUUUGCAAUCCUAAAACUAUCCAGUCCGGUUUGUAAUUUUGCACCAAUUUCAUUGCCAAAACGUGAUGAUUGGGAAAAUGGUUAUUAUUUUGGCAGCCGUGCACCGGUCCUAUACGCUGGUUGGGGUCUUGGACAUUAUCAGAAACCAUAUCUUCGAUCAUUAUCUUCUCAUCUGAUACCGAAAGAUUCAUGUUCAAAAAAAUUCAAUUGGUCACCUGAUCAAUUGAGCAGCAGUCAUUUAUGUGUAAAUCCACCCAUCAAUGUAUGUGUAGGUGGAAUCGGAACACCAUUGGUAUCAUAUGCAGGUCAUCAUUGUGUGCUACUCGGUAUACUAUCGAUGGGUGAUCAUUGUAAUACGGCUAAACUUCCAUUAGUAUUCACUAAGGUAUCAUCAUUCAUUGAUGAAAUUGAAAAAUUUAUUAUCGACGAUUUUCGAUCGAUGAAUGAAACAUCACCAUUGGAUGAUUGUCUUCGUUAUAAACAUUAUCAUUCACGACAUCCAUAUUUCCUCUAUCCACCACAUCCAUACAGUUAUGAUACAAAAUAUGAUGAUAAUGAAUAUCCAAAAUCACAUACACGAUAUUGAUUCUAAAUAGUCGUCAUUCUCAUUUAU